CAACAUGAUUACAAAAUAUUUAUAGUUAUAUUUCGGUUCAGCUAGAAAGGCAUUAAAUAAACCAGUGUGAUUGCAUACAGUAAGUCUGAAGUGCAUAGAUAGGCAUUGUUUAACGGGGGAAAAAUGGUCGCUCGGGAAAACAAUGGAUCAUGAUGCUUACAUUAAUAAUAUAAGAAUAUUCUUACAACAGCACCACAUAUAAAGUAUAUGACCAGAAGGAUCUUCAUACUAGCGAGUAAAUGGCAGUUUCUGGAAGAAAAACACCGCAAGACAUUUUAUCAACAGAUUUGGUCGGGUCAGAUGAAGAUUUAGAUGUUUUCUGCCGACCAUGUGACAGGGAUGGUCCCAGAAUUCCUGCUUUUGGAUUCUGUACAAAUUGCAAGGAACACUUGUGUCAGACGUGUUUCAAUCAUCAUAAGAAGGCGACGCCAUCGAGACAUCAUGUUCUUCUUCAAAAAGACGAAAUGGCAAAAUCUCAGCUACAGCGUCUUUCAACAUUUCAAGACGAUCCACAAGAAGAUUUUACAAAACCAUGUUCUAAGCAUACUAAAGAACGUAUCAGAUUCUACUGCCAUUGUCAUUCUUCGUUGAUUUGCAGUCUUUGUAUGCUUGAUCAUAGGUACUGUUAUGUAAAUUACAUACCUGAAAUAUCGGGAAACUUUGUUGAUAGUAAUGAAUACAAUGAAGUCACUGAGAAUAUCAAUGCACUUUUAGAUGACAGUCGGAUGGUAUCAGAGCAGGCUAAGAAAAAUGCACAGAUGACUAAACACUCUUUUGCUGAAGCUUUGACAGAAAUUCAAAAGCUAAAAGAAACAAUAAGAAAGAAAACAGAUGAGAUUGAAAGAGAAAUUGAGACACUGGAGAAAGAUAUGCACAAGGGAACAGGAAAAAUGGUUGAGAAUACUGAUGAAAUUUGCGAGGCAGCUAUUAGGACUUUGGAAGGAAUGCUUCAACGUCUAAGGCAGUUAAAUACAUUAAAACAGCCCAACAAAUUGUUCGUAGAACUUAAAGAAGCUGUACCAAAACUGCAACAUUGCAAAAACAAAGUUAUAGAGGCGGCAGGGAAUAUUGAUACGUCAAAACUAUUAUUUCAUCCAAACGAAACUCUUAUGACACUGAUUAAAAGUGAUACCGCGUUUGGAGAGACUGAAGCUGUAACGGAAAUGGCUUACAUAAAAGGGAAAUGCAUUGAAGUUUACAGUACACAUCCUGUGUCAGACAUUACAAAGAUAAAUUCAUUAUCGGCUGAUGAAAUUAAGCUACUAGGAUCACUCGGUAGUGGUAACAAGACGAACUCAGACAUGAGAAUGGGAAUAUACACUUUCGAAAAUGACCAGGAGAUACCUGUAGCUGUUAGAGUAGUGGAACAGGGAUCAGCACAAGAAGUGUUAAGUGCCGCCCAACUGAUGCUAAAGAUCAGCCACAAACAUAUCAUCAGAAUGAUUGGAUUGUGUAAAUCGGACAAUGUCAUGCUUGUAAUGCAGUUAGCUCCCCUUGGAAGACUCAAUUCGUAUUUGGCAAACCAGAAAGAAACAACACAAGCACACGUCGUUGAACUGUUGUGGCAAGUUGCCAUGGCGAUGGAGUAUCUAGAAAAAAAUAGAAUUGUCCACAGAAAUUUGUCAGCACGUAACGUUUUACUUAUGUCAGAGCAUUACGCCAAGGUUACUGACUUUAGAAUGUCUGUAGAAAUUAAAGAUGGCGAAGAAUUCUAUGAGUGUCAAGAAGCUGGAAUAUGGCCGUUGAAAUGGUACGCUCCGGAGUGUAUAUACUAUUGGCAAUUCGAUACCAAAUCAGAUGUCUGGAGUUAUGGUGUCACAUUGUGGGAGGCGACAUCAUACGGAAUGCGGCCUUUUCAGAACAUGACAGGUCAGGAGAUUAUGCACUUCUUGGAUGAGGAUGGACGAAGGUUAUCAAAACCAGAGCAUUGUAAAGACGAAGUUUAUAGUCUCAUGCUGCAAUGUUGGAAAUUCGACUUCACGGCCAUUCUGUUUACUAGACGGAACAACUGCGACGUCAUCUAUGGAAAGUUCUCCUUGAAAAUACGCCCGAAGCCCGUUUUUACCAUGCAGUGUUAUCUAAAACAGAGAGACCAACUUUUAAGGAAAUAGCGACGGAGAUGUUUGCCUUAUUUAGAAGAAAAUGAGUCGAAUAUCUAUAUGAGGAGAAAUAUUAUCUGAUUUAUUUCUAGUAUACUGAUUAAGAUAUAAUAAAACGUUUUAUUCAGAUAUACAUUGUGUCACAAAAUUAAAUAUUCUGACUAUAAUUAUGGUGUCAGAAAACAAGAAAGUGCUCUGGAUAAACUUAUACAGAUUGUCAUAUAUGCUGUAAAAUGACCAACAUGAUUAAAUGUAUCUAUAGUGAUGUUCAGUCCUGUGUUAAAGUAUCUAGUCCUACGCAUUUGUCUGAAUUCUAGUGUAAAACAUAUAAGGGGAGGGGGGCUUUAUAUUUACCCUGCUUAUCAUUUCAUUGUUAAAUGAUGUUCGUUAUUGUAUAGAUCUUAAUACCUUAACUGAUAAAGAUUCAGAAUUUUUAUCCUUGUAUUAAAUUCCAUUUGUUGACGAGGUUACAUUAUUUUUAACGGACCCAGAGAGUUUACAGUCAAAAUUGGAUCGUAUCUGCUAGUACGUUGAAAAGGGGGUCUAAAAUAAAUGUCAGUAAAAUCUGAGAUCUUACGCUGUAAAUGUAUAUCUUUAUAUAAACUGAAAGAAAAUUGAGCGGAUUGACUGCUUUGUUUAUUUAGGAGUUACGUUUAUGUACACAGGUCUACAUGUCUUGCUGCGAGUAAUCUUUGAAACAUAUCACAACCUGAUGACUUUAUUUGAAAUGGUAAAAUUUGAUUGCAAUGUUUGAAACCACAGUAGUGCUGAAACUCUUGUAUGGUUCCGCGAUUUGGGUAACUAGAUCUAGUAACUAUAGGAGUAAAUAAAUUACAUUUUAGAUUCUGCAAAUAUAUUCUUGGCUUAAAAAGAAACACCGGACUAUACUGUUCUUGGUAAACCUAGAAGAAUACAUUCAGUUUUCUAAAGUUUGUUUGAAAAGUAUGGAACAUUACUUCUUCUCCCAUGUACAGAGAGCUUAUUGACAAUAUUACCAGCCACUGGGCAACUCAUAAAUUCUAUUACU